AUGUAUGCAGAGGGAGGUUUGCUUCAAGACUGGAAUCUACCCUCACUAUCCAAUACGACCUAUCACGCGUCCUACCACACACUUGACGAUAUCUACGGCUUCCUUCGCGAUCUCGCAGCGGUAUAUCCAGACAAAGUCAAGAUAAUUCCCUUAGGUCACACAGGAGAGAGUAGAGAGCUGUAUGCACUCGAGAUUGGGUCCUCGAAUACCAAGUCACACGACCCGAAAGGCGAGACUAGCACCAAUGAGAAACUAAGCUUCCUUAUCACUGGCACACAACAUGCGCGAGAGUGGGUCGCAUCUGCUGCUGCUCUAUACCUUGCCCAUGCGCUAGCGGCCAACGCGUCGGAGCCAAACUCAUUGACACAUCUACUCGACGACUACAAUUUCUAUAUCAUCGCCGUUCCCAAUCCAGACGGAUAUGUAUACACCUGGGAACAUGACCGUUUUUGGUACAAGAAUCGACUUUAUCUUGGCCCACACGCGCAGUGUGUCGGACUCGACAUGAACAGAAACUGGGGCUACAAAUUCAAAAGCGGAUCUGUGAAAAUGGCGCCUAGCGCCGCAAAGCCCAAAGACUCGUGCUCGCACUGGUAUCCUGGUCACAGGCCGUUCCAGGCGCCAGAGGUGAACAACAUUGCUCUCUAUAUUGAGAGCCUGCCCACGUUUGAUGCGUUCGUGGACUUGCGUAGUUACGGUCAGAUGCUAUCUGCGCCGUACUCGUACUCAUGCAAUAAGAGCCCGAAAGAUGCUGAGGACCAGCUGGAGGCUGCAUCUGGGGCUGCAUACGCUGUACGGAAAUCUCAUGGGACCGGUUUCACCACUGGAACGCUGUGUUCGACAUUAUACAGAGCGCCCGGGAACAUUGUAGAUUGGAUGUACGCUACGAUGGGCGUUAAGUAUUCGUACGCAGCACACUUGCGUGACACGGGCACGUAUGGAUUUGCACUGCCGCCGCAGUGGAUCCGCCCAGUUGGAGAGGAGACGGCGAAGAUAGUUGAAUACUUAGCUCGUUUCAUCGCGAACAAGCAGAAAAAGGUUAUCUAAGGGUGGCAGUUGAAUGAAAGGUAGUCGCGCUGAUUACCUAUUGCUUUGGCGAUCUGGGAUGAUUUUCGGUAGGGUUGUAUAUAUGGGAUGUAGGUCUUUUGCGGGUGUUAGCUCUGUAUCCGAAUACCAUGAUAUCUUUAGCCCUC